AUGACAGCCUAUGGAUGCGUUUGUCUAGAGGCUGAUAGGCUGGAAGAGUCGGCGGACUGGUUUUCCAAAGUUGUCAAAAUCUAUCGAGCCAACUACGAAAGAGAGCAAGAUGAGGCUUCCCAGACCGAAGGAGAACAUACCUGGCUUUUAGCCAUAUCUCUAUCGGACUGGGGAUGCGCAUGUACUGGUAUGGGUCAGUAUGACCGUGCGGAGGAACUAUUCAAGGAGGGAUUAUCGGCAAUGAAAGGUGUGAGGGACAAGAACACAUACAAGGAAUGGAGUGUGCAUAUAUCACACAACCUAUCACGUCUCUACACUCACAUGGGUGUACCAGAGGAGUCGAUCAAGCUGCAGUUCGAGUACGGCGACGAAUUUGCAGACGGUCUGAUUGUUGAGAAUACGCAACGUGGUGCGCUGUUCCUAUACGGAAUCGGCAAUUCUUAUCUUGGUCUUGCGCUCAAGGACAACACGGAAAGUGCUCGUAACAGAGACCGCGGUUUUGAAUUUCACAGAAGGGCUCUACGAAUACGACAACAGGUUUGCGGUGAGCAGUUUGUCACGGCUAUCUCGCUGCACAAGAUUGGCGUACUCCUUUACCAGACGGGUGACUUUGAAGGAGCUUGUGAGGCUUUGGAGCACGCUAUCGGCAUUUUUAAACAGUCCUUUAUGGCAACUAGGGAGAAGGCACGAUCAUUGUUCUACAUGUCUCUUGUUAAGGAAAAGAUGGGGGAAGAUGAUGAAGCUAAGACAUUGCUUGACGAUGCGUGGAAAUACAUGACGGAAGCUACGGGAAUGAAGAGAGAUGCAAAUAAUGAGAAAGACACAGGUCUUUUUGACAAUGUGGUUCUAUAUGUCUAUUACUAG